GGCCAGGCCGGGGUUAUGGCGGCGGCGGAGCCGUCCGUGCUGUGCCUGUUCGACGUGGAUGGCACCCUCACCGCGCCGAGACAGAAAAUCACGGCGGAGAUGGCGGCGUUCCUGCAGGAGCUGCGGCGGAGGGUGAAGGUCGGAGUGGUGGGAGGCUCUGACUUCGAGAAGAUCAAGGAACAGCUCGGGGAUGACGUGGUUGAAAAAUUUGACUACGUUUUUCCAGAAAAUGGCCUUGUAGCCUACAAAGAUGGGAAAUUCUUGUGCAAGCAGAGCAUUCAGGGGUACCUGGGUGAGGACAUACUUCAGGAUCUGAUCAACUACUGCCUGAGUUACAUUGCAAAGAUUAAACUGCCAAAGAAAAGGGGCACUUUUAUUGAGUUCCGAAAUGGGAUGUUAAAUGUGUCCCCCAUUGGAAGAAGCUGCAGCCAGGAAGAACGAGUUGAGUUCUAUGAACUUGAUAAAAAGGAACAUAUAAGAGAGAAAUUUGUAGCUGAUUUACGAAGAGAAUUUGCAGGAAAAGGCCUCACAUUUUCUAUAGGAGGCCAGAUAAGCUUCGAUGUGUUCCCAGAUGGCUGGGAUAAGCGGUACUGCUUAGGAAUCGUUGCCAGUGAUGGAUACAAGACCAUUUAUUUCUUCGGAGACAAGACUAUGCCAGGAGGGAAUGACUAUGAAAUUUACACAGACUCCAGAACAGAAGGCCACAGCGUCACAUCCCCACAGGAUACAAGAAGAAUCUGUGAAGAGCUCUUUUUUAAAUAAGACUUUUAGGAUUCACACUGAUAAAAUGGUUAAGACACGCUAAUAACUUAAAUCU